AUGGAACUAAUGAGUGAAGGUUUGGAACUGAACGAAGAAAAUGAAGGGAAUAACGAAAUAAAUAAUACUGAAUUUAGUGCUUUUCUAGAAAGUAUUAAUGAAGAUUAUCAAAGGGAUGGAUCACAAAUACGAAUUGCACUGGAUAAAUUUGCAAAACGUUAUGUUUCCGCUAAAUCAAAAUCUAUUCCAAGGCUAUGUUCUUUUCUUUACGAUCUUAAUCGUGAUUUAGACCCAACAGCCUAUGUUAAGAGUGGUUCAAUAAUCAGUGUUCAAGUUUAA